UGAGGUUUCAAAAAUGAUGAUGAAAUUAUAUGUUUCUAGGGAUCACACACAGAUGCAUAAAGACAUUGCUUUGGGACUCAGUGCCUAUGAAAAUAAGCUUUGUGACUACUUUCAAAGGGUGGAAAUACGUGGGAAAAGAGGGUGAAAGGUCCCCGUUCUGUUUGCCCCUCAUAUGGUUUCUGCCAUAGACAUCCUCAUUGAGGAAAGGGCAAAAUGUGGAGUACCCAUGGAAAAUGAGUACCUGUUUGCUCGUCCAGCUGCUGUUUUCGUGAGUAUGCAAGGGCCUGUGGUGCAGAAAACCCAGGUACCCUCUCUUCUACCAAACUACGCAAGCAAGUUGCCACCUUAUCUACCAUGCUCAAUAUGAAAGAAAAUGAAUUGGAUCAACUCGCCAGCUUUCUUGGGCACGACAUUCGAAUUCAUCGGGAGUUCUACCGUCUCCCAGAGAGCACUCUUCAAUUGGCCAAAGUCAGUAAAAUCCUCAUUGCCAUGGAAAAGGGAAGACUGCCAGAGCUGCAAGGGGAAGGACUAGAUGACAUAAUCAUAAACCCACAAGAUGAGGUAGACAUGUCCAGUGGUGUUUCCAGCGAUGAGGAGGGGUUUUCUGGCCUACAUCAGACCCAGAACAAAAUGAAUCAAGGAUCCUCUUCAAUGCCACAUUCCAAGGAUGACAACCUGAUUGAUUCUUCCAGUGAUGAGAUGGAGUAUGCUGACCUGCGUGCGAUGCACAGUGAGAGGACUCAAGGUGUAGGGCGGAAACGGUCCCAGAAAAACCUUGAGAAAAGUCCUGAUUCCACCCUACAAACCACCAUGAGCCACACAAAACUAAGUGCAGAUACUGCUGAAGUCAAAGCAAUUGAAAGACAUUUAAUGGACCACAUCAGGGGAUGUAAAGUUCCUGGAAAGAGGCAAUGCAUGUCUUGUCUGUUGAGCGAACCCGUAGCACUGAAAAGUCGGAAUUGGUCGAGCAUAAAGUACUACGUCAACAACCGUAUUGUUGCCCUGAAACGAAAGAUGUGCCAGUAGGUUAAAUGAAACCUUGAAUAAAACAUUCAUUUGGAUUAACUUGUUUGCGACAUGGUUUGAUUAAGUUGUACCCAUAGUACCCUGAUUUAAUUUUUGUCCUGAUUUGUUAGUUUGGAUGAGAAAAAAAUUGUGUGUGUGUAUGCUAGUCCCAAAAGUAAUAUAAAUCUGACAAUGCCCCCAUAUGUGGGCAAAUUUCAUUUAAUUGAAAAAAAGGACUUAAGUAAAAUAUAAAUAGAUGGCUAUUAUAAGGAUUUUUUUUCCCCAGUGUUUGUUUCCAUGAAAAGUUGGGACAAAUGUCUGGACAAACACCAACAAAGUCAGGACAUGUGGAAAUGUCAGGACAAAAUCAUGGUUCUGACUUUUCUGACCAUGCUAAAGUGAUAUUGGUGUAAGCGUGUGUACGUUUUUGCUCAACUGUGUGAACGCCAACUUGCGGUGACAUUUAGAACUUUCAAACACUUUGCGGUCACGUGACUUUAUGUCCUGACAUUUCAUGUUUUCCUGAUCACACACUCCUUUUAUAAUAAUAAUAAUAAUAAAUAGAUUUAUUAUUAUUAUUAUUAUUAUUUUAUUUAUUUAUUUAUAUAUACAUAACGAAUAUAUCCGAUCCGAAGCGAUAGCUGGCUGAUAACAAAUUUGCAUUAUAUUAAUACUAUGCAUGCAAAGACUACUACAACAUUGGAGUCCUGGGCCCUGUACCACGAAGCUCGCUUAGAGGGUUAGCGAGGUAUGUUGAGCUCCAAGCCUGGAGCUCCAAGCCCAAUCUCUUUUAGCGUCGCUGUAUUACCAUGGUGACUUAUGCUCGCAACCAAACCUGGUCGGGAGC